AGGAAAAUCCCGAGCUGAGGAGGAUCGCAGGCCGUCUUUCUAUAUCCGCCGUCAUCUCCGCCACCUAAAACCCUUUCGAGGGAGGCGGCAAAGGUUUAAUUAGACAAUGCCCCAUCUCUCAAGCCUCCGCCUCCUCUUAUCUUCUUCCUCCUCCUCUCCUCUCAGGCCCCUCACUUCUCUACUCCCAGCAAGGGUCCGCCGCCCCUGUUCGGCCUUCACCCCCCUCUGCUCCUCCUCCUCCUCCUCCCCCGACCGCCGCCGUGUCACCUAUUCCCCCAGCUUCACUCGCCGGAGCAAGAGCACUUUCAGAGACAGGGACAGGAACAGCAAGAACGCUCCGAUGGAGGAAACCAACUCCUCCCUCGGGUUCAAUAGGAAAAGGGCCGAGGGCAGGGAUGGGAGUGAUCUCCUGAAGAAGAAGGAGCUUCAGCUUAAGAAGCGCCCCAGAGCCAAUCCUGUCAGCACUAUCUCGUACGUGCAGAUAUUGGGAACUGGAAUGGAUACUCAAGAUACAUCGCCUUCAGUCCUGCUUUUCUUCGACCACCAAAGAUUCAUUUUUAAUGCUGGAGAGGGUUUGCAAAGGUUCUGUACGGAGCAUAAAAUUAAGUUAUCAAAGAUAGAUCAUAUAUUCUUUUCCCGAGUUUGCUCAGAGACUGCCGGUGGACUUCCAGGGUUAUUGUUAACAUUGGCCGGCAUGGGAGAAGAAGGAAUGUCAGUCAAUAUAUGGGGCCCUUCAGAUCUCAAGUACUUGGUCGAUGCCAUGAAAUCCUUCAUCCCUAAUGCUGCUAUGGUCCACACGAAAAGCUAUGGACCUACACCCAGCAGUGGUUCAGCCACAAAAUCUGAACUUGAUCAAUUCAAGGACCCUCUUGUUGUUGUUGGCGAUGAUGUUGUUAAAAUAUCAGCGAUUCUCCUUUGGCCAGAAGAACCAGUCUCAGAGAAUUCUCUGAUAACAAAUACGGAUGAUUCAUCCAAGACCCUGGACGAGAAGGGGACAACCGGUUGUGGGAUGAAACCUGGUGACUUGUCAGUGGUUUAUAUCUGUGAGUUGCCAGAAAUUAAGGGUAGAUUUCACCCAGAAAGAGCCAAGGAGAAAGGCCUUAAACCUGGACCAGAGUACCGAGAACUGCAGCUUGGGAAGUCAGUGUUUUCGAAACGCCUAAAUAUCAUGGUACAUCCCAGUGAUGUGAUGGAUCCUUCAACUCCUGGUCCAAUCGUACUCCUUGUGGACUGCCCCACGAGAUCUCAUUUCCGGAAAUUGUUGUCUGUAGAUUCAUUUAGCGAUUAUUAUUCAGAUUUCUCAGGCGAAGGAUCUCCAAAAAUUGUGAGCUGUGUGAUCCAUUUGAGCCCGACAACCGUCAUAAGAGAUCCUGAUUAUCAAACCUGGAUGAAGAGAUUUGGUUCGGCCCAGCAUAUUAUCGCUGGUCAUGAGAGGAAAAAUGCAGAGAUCCCAAUUUUAGGAGCAAGCGCAAGAAUCGCUGCCCGGUUAAAUUACCUGUGCCCCCAGUUUUUCCCUGCUCCAGGCUUUUGGUCUCUUAAACAAUCUUGUUUACCAUCCAACUCUUUCUCCAGUGAGGACACUACUUCAAACCCGAGCAAGAGAAUCUCUGCUGAAAAUCUGCUUAAGUUUACAUUGCGCCCUAGAGACAAGAUCAGACUGGACAGAUCAUUCGUUCCAAGUCCAAUGACUGCCUCUAAGACAAUCGAAGAAUUGCUUGCCGAGAUUCCGGAGAUUGCUGAGGCUGCACAAGAUGUCCGAAAUCUGUGGGAUCCAGACAAGCAGAUCAAGGAGGCGAAGAAUUUGAUGCAGGAGGAGCCAUGGCUGAACGAGAACAAACUUCCUAAUUGUUUGGAAAAUGUAAGGAGGGACGACCUUGAGAUUGUUCUUCUAGGAACUGGUUCAUCUCAGCCGUCCAAAUAUCGGAAUGUCAGUUCGAUAUAUAUCAACCUUUUCUCUAAAGGAGGCUUGCUCCUUGAUUGUGGGGAAGGAACCCUCGGACAGAUGAAAAGAAGAUUCGGAAUUGAUGGUGCUGACAACGCCUUGAGAGGUCUCCGGUGCAUAUGGAUCUCCCAUAUUCACGCUGAUCACCACGCAGGAUUGGCGAGAAUCCUUGCCCAGCGGCGUGAUCUACUAAAAGGGUCACCCCAUGACCCUCUGCUGGUCGUGGGGCCCAGGCAGCUCAAGAGAUAUCUCGAUGCAUACCAGAGACUGGAAGACCUCGACAUGCUCUUCCUUGACUGUAUGCACACCACCGACACCUCACUAAGUGCCUUCGAGGAGUUCCUAGAGUCCUCAAACAUGGAGAACGAGUCAUCUCCUCCGAGGAGUCCGAGUUCUGAACCAGGCUUGUUUGUUCGUGGGGCCCCAAUGCAGAGCUGCUGGAAGAUGCCUGGAGUCGCUCCAGAUAUUAGCGUGGCAUUUCCAAUCCUCAAGAGCUUGAAGGGGGUGCUAAUGGAAGCAGGCUUGGAAAGUUUGGUUAGUUUUCCUGUAGUGCAUUGCUAUCAGGCUUUUGGCGUGGUUCUCAAGGCAUCAGAGAGAGUCAACAGUGUGGGGAAGGUGAUUGAAGGGUGGAAGGUUGUGUAUUCAGGUGACACAAGGCCAUGCCCUGAGCUCACUGAGGCUUCUCGGGGGGCCACCAUUCUUAUACAUGAGGCGACUUUUGAGGACGGGAUGGUGGAUGAGGCAAUAGCAAGGAACCACAGCACAACAGAGGAGGCCAUUCAGGUGGGGGCUGCUGCAGGCGUGUACCGAAUCAUCCUCACCCACUUCAGCCAGCGGUACCCAAAGAUCCCCGUCUUUGACGGGACCCACAUGCACAAGACAUGCAUCGCCUUUGAUCUCAUGAGUGUUAACAUAGCGGACCUCUGGGUGCUCCCUCGGGUCCUACCUUAUCUGAAACUCCUGUUCAAAAAUGAAAUGGCUGGUGAUGAAUCAGAGGAUGUUGUAGAAGAAUCGGUUGCUGUAACUUCUUGAUAGAAAAAUUUGGUAAAUUUUUAAUGAGAAGGUUUCCAUGGCAUUUCUUUUGAA